AUCGGAGGGUCAAACGCUCGCGACUUCAAUUAUCCGCCAGCUGAUAACUUCCUCGGUCAUUUCUUCGGCGGUGCCGAUUCCUCCUCGCUGAGAUCCGAUUCGACAACUUGCGGAGUCAACUCAUCGGACGGACAGAAACAGCUCGGCAAUAACAAAGAUCUCCUCCUCGACAGAUCCUACGGCGGAUUCAACGAGAUCUCGCAGGACAAGAACAACGACGUCGGAAACAGCUCUGGAUCUUACUCUCUCGCUAGACAACGUAGCUCUCCCGCCGACUUUUUCAGCUACCUCUCCGGAGAUAAGAACAGUUUCUCGUUGAACCAACCAACCAGUGAUUACAAUCAGCAAGGAGGGUCCAUUAAUGCAGGACGAGGACAAUCGAGACUUAAGUCUCAGCUAAGCUUCACGAGUCACGACCCUCUGUCCCGGAUCUCCGAGGUCAACGAGACCCCUGUUCACGAUGGUUCGGGCCAUUCGUUUUCAGCAGCUAGCUUUGGUGCCGCCACUGAUUCUUGGGAUGACGGUUCCGGUUCAAUAGGGUUUACUGUGACCCGACCCACUAAACGAUCCAAGGACAUGGACUCAGGUCUCUUUUCACAGUAUAGUCUUCCUUCAGACACGUCAAUGAACUACAUGGAUAACUAUAUGCAGCUUCCAGAAGAUUCUGUGCCAUGCAAAAUUCGGGCCAAACGUGGCUGCGCCACCCACCCGAGAAGCAUCGCCGAGCGGGAGAGAAGAACGAGAAUAAGCGGUAAACUAAAGAAGCUACAAGAUCUUGUCCCCAACAUGGACAAGCAAACAAGCUAUUCUGACAUGCUGGAUUUAGCGGUACAGCACAUCAAAGGCCUUCAACACCAACUUCAGGUUCUUGUCCCUACGAAACUAGAAAUCAUCUUAUUUUUUCUAUUUACAUCAGCUGAGUCCGUUUUUAGAAAUCUGAAAAAAGAACAAGAGAACUGCACGUGCGGAUGCAGUGAGAGGCCAAGCUAG